AGUAGUCUGUGCGUGAAACCUAAACUAUACAAUGGCAGAAACAGCUCCAGCUCCCGCUGCGGCCCCAGCAAAGGCCCCUAAGAAGAAGGCGCCCCGACCCAAGAAAACUGGCCCAAGUGUGGGCGAGCUCGUCGUCAAGGCCAUCUCUGCUUCAAAAGAGAAGAAAGGAGUCUCUCUGGCUGCGCUGAAGAAAGCACUGACGGCUGGUGGGUACGAUGUGGAGAAGAACAACGCUCGUGUCAAACUGGCCAUCAAGAGUUUGGUCACCAAGGGAACUCUUGUCCAGACAAAAGGGACCGGCGCGUCCGGCUCGUUCAAGCUGAACAAGAAACAGGCAGUGGAAAAGAAGCCGGUAAAGAAGGCAGCUCCUAAAGCCAAGAAGCCUGCAGCGAAGAAACCUGCGGCGGCAAAGAAGCCCAAGAAGGCAGCAGCCAAGAAGCCUGCGGCCGCCAAAAAGUCUCCGAAGAAAGCAGCCAAGAAGCCCGCCACACCGAAAAAGGCAACGAAGAGCCCGAAGAAGGCCAAGAAGCCCGCUGCCCCCAAGAAGGCAGCGAAGAGCCCCAAGAAAGCAAAGGCAGCGAAACCCAAGGUGGCUAAGCCUAAAGCUGCCAAACCCAAAAAGGCUGCACCCAAGAAGAAGUAAAUGUUCGCGCAUUAGUCUUUCACCAUGUAUACGAAAAGGCUCUUUUAAGAGCCACCCAAACGCUCUCUGAAUGCUUUUAUUCCGUCAGUGCCUGCUGGUAGGCAGACGAAUUUCUGUUUGCGAAUACACAAUCAUACUCGGGUCCUUCUGCAUUUGUUUACUAUAGUUCACAAAACCCCGACUGCGUCAUGGAUCAAAUGAAUGAGUGUAUAAGCUACCCGACGGGGACAUAUAAAUAAAAGCGAGUGGUAUCAAGUAGUGUGUAGACAAUUCACUAAUGCAAUACAAGUACUAGUUAGCUCAACUUAUCCCAGCCUUGGUGGCUCAUCUAACCCCACAACCACCAUUUUGAUAGAAAAUGCUUCUCACAACAAGCCAAGGUAACAUUCAUGAUUUGUGUAGCCCUCACAUCAUAGAUUACGAGGGCACCCAUUGAGGUGUAAUGCAUCUGAAUGUUCUAUUCACGUUUUCUCCAAAUAACCCUAACUCUGGACAUGAACGGAAUCCACAUUUUUUUUUACCACAUUUGCCAUGCGCUGUACC